AUGAUGUUUGUAACAAUAGUCAUAGUUUGGUUGUUGAUUUUGUUGUUUCGAAGAAGAACGCCGAAUCCGGAAAUGCAAUUAGCCACAAUUUUAAUUGUUCUAAUUGCAUUUUGCUCGUAAGUUUUGUUAUUUUUGAAAAAUUCAUGAAAUUUGGAGCAUUUUGAGUCGAAAUAUGGCUAAAAUCAUAGAUUUUUGAAAAAUUCAUGAAAUUUACACUCAAAAAAUCGCAAAUUUUGCAGAAAUCCUCAAAAUACCCGACAAAUGUCUCGUCGUCAACUCGAUCUUAUCGAAGAAAUCAUAACCGGGAUGAUAUUGAUUGUACAAAUGCUUCUGAUUGAAAGAAAUCAGCAACAAACACUUGCUAUUCAACAAUAA